GAGUUUCUCUGUCUUUUCCAUUUUCUUUUCCCCUCACUGAAGCGAAUCUUCUCGUCGUCUUCUUCUCUUCGUUUCACUCAUCUCAGUGUUAGGGUUUCGAUUCGGUAGAUUAUUACUCAGCUAUUUCUGCUGAACCUUUUUCUCGGUUGCUCUACCUCUUUGUCGGUACCCAAUUCUUCUCAUUGGAAGAACUGUUUAGGUCAAGUGUGACUUGAUUCUGCCAAAUUUCUGGUGUUUGUUCAAACUCCAUUGAACAAUAUAUUUUGUCAUAUAUUGAAGCAAUGUAUACCGAGGGAGGCCCUAACUUUGUCAUUGACCAGAGCAUGUAUUAUCCUGCUUAUUACUGUUCAGGUUAUGAUUCAUCCAUCGAUUGGGAGAACUGUCAGGUUGGUGUAGAUGGUUCAGAGGUCCAAUACAUGGGUGGGCAGAAUGAAAAUUCUCCCUAUAUAUGCUAUACACCAAGUUAUGGAUAUGCGCAGUCUCCUUACAAUCCGUACAAUCCUUACAUACCAGGCGCGUCAAUAGGUGUUGACUCUUCGUUUGUUGGAUUCCAGCAAUACUACUCCAACGCCCCGUAUGAAAAUGCUGCAUCUUCACCUACAUAUGUUCCAUAUGUCAUUCAGCCUGAUACAGUCUCAAAUAGUUCAGCAGACUCUUUGGUAGCAACUGAUUUAGCCAAUGGUGGUCAAUAUGAUGUAAGAGGAUCUAGACAGAGAAAUGGUUCAGCAAUUGCCGGUUUCCCAAAAGAUUCUCCAAAAUCUUCAACAAUGAAUUCUUUGGGUAGGACCUAUGAGAAGCUAAGCUCUAGCCCUGGACAGAAUAAACAGCCAGGAAUCUCCAAGAAUGUUUCCACUCCAGCUACUACACAGUCUUGCCAGGACAAAACUGCUUCCGUUGACAUUGUAUCCAGCAGCAGACUCUUGCCUCGUGGGCAAUUAGACAGUGCUAAUGGGUUUUCAUCCGUUGCUUCAAAUAGUUACAAGUCUCGUUCCAAGAUGUAUGAUGGCGGAGGUGAUAACGACCUAACUCGAAGUCCAGAUACGACCGAACAAUAUCGAGGUCCAAGAACGAGAAGAUCAAGAAAUCAACUUGUUGUCAAAGCUUAUACAACCAAAGCUGGAAAUGUUGAUGCAGAAGGAAAUAUUGUGAUAAAUCCUGAUCAAUAUAAUAAAGAAGAUAUCAGAAUAGAUUACAGCAAGGCCAAGUUUUUUGUGAUUAAAUCGUACAGUGAAGAUGAUGUUCACAAGAGCAUCAAAUACGGUGUCUGGUCAUCAACAUUGCAUGGGAACAAGAAAUUGCAGAGUGUAUAUGAAGAUGCUCAGAGAAUAGUCACUGAGAAGUCUUGUGAAUGCCCUAUUUUCUUAUUCUUCUCUGUCAAUGCCAGUGGUCUUUUCUGUGGUGUGGCUGAGAUGACCGGUCCAGUUUCCUUCAACCGAGACAUGGAUUUUUGGCAACAAGACAAAUGGAGUGGAAGCUUUCCUGUCAAAUGGCAUAUCAUUAAAGAUGUUCCUAAUAGCUAUUUUAGGCACAUUAUUUUACAGAAUAAUGAAAAUAAGCCAGUGACCAACAGCCGAGACACACAAGAGAUAAUGCUGAAACAAGGACUUGAGGUGCUAAAACUAUUCAAAAAUCAUGCAGAAAAGACUUCGCUGUUAGAUGAUUUUAUAUACUACGAAAACCGCCAGAGACUCAUGCAGGAAGAGAAAGCUAGACUUCCAUUCAGGACCUUUCGCAGCCCAUUUCCCGUUCCCAAACCGGAUAAUUCUGACAGAAGCAAGAAAUUUUCCAAAGAUGUCUUCAAGAAACCUUCAGUAACCUCGACAGAAACAGAAGUUGUGCGGUUAAAAAACUCAGAUGGGGAUAAAAAGAGCAAUACAGAGGAACUUAGAGACGAUUCUACUCCUUCCACUCUGAAGAUUGGCUCUCUCACAAUUAAACCGACUGCUGGUACCAGCUUUAACCCAACCGAAGCCAAGUAUAAACAGGCCUCAUCUCUCAGCUUGCACGGCAAGUCAGACUCCUCUAAAGAGGUUCCUGGGUCUCUGGCUGAUGACAUCGUGAGAGUAGGAUCGUUGCCCAUAAAAGUAAAGGGAUCUGUAGAUUCAUCCUCGAAGUUCGCAGUGGUUGGUACAACUCCUCUCAACUCAAGAUCACUUCAUAAGUAAAUCGGGGGUUUCGACAUUGUCUCUGUCUAACUUGUUUAUGCAUAAUAUGGCUCGAGAAAAAGUUUUGAGUAUGUAUAGAUUGGUUCAGGGUCUGAUGGGUGGUUUGAGAAUCCUUGUUCAUCGUUGAAGUUUGGUUAAAUGAUUGUUUCCAGCGGUUGCAA